GGUCUGGCGAGGGAGACGAAAAGUAAGCCUCCGUAUACAGAGUAUGUGUCGACGAGGUGGUACAGGGCACCAGAGGUAUUGUUGUUGAGUAGAGAUUAUUCGAACCCCGUAGAUAUGUGGGCGUUGGGAACGAUUAUGGCAGAAUUGGUCAAUCUCCGUCCGUUGUUUCCUGGAUUGGACCAGGUAGAUCAGAUUGCGAAGAUUUGUCAGGUCUUGGGCAAUCCGGCGGAUGAUCAUGGUGUAGAUGUGUCAGGUGCACCUAUGGGCGGUGGCGCAUGGUCUAAAGGAUUGGAGAUGGCUGCUCACGUUGGGUUCGAGUUUAGAAGAGUGAGUGCAAUAUAUUUGUCGUUUCUAACAUCAUUUAUUUAAAAUUUCUAUUCAGAUGCCUCCACAAGAUAUUCAUUCACUGUUCGACCGAUCUAUCCCAACGUCUCUCAUCCACUGUAUCCGUGAUCUGCUCAAGUUUGACCCCGACGCUCGACUCACGAGCCACGAGUGUCUUCAUCACCCUUAUCUCGUCGAGUCGCUUCCCCGCAACGACAUACCGCUUCCUCCCGGAGUUCGGCUUGCCACCCCACUCUCUUUGAAUGAACACGGUGUUAACGGCCUCGCGCCUUCAAUCAGCUCACUCUCCCCUCGAUCCAUUCCCCCAUCACACUCUCACACGUCACAGCUACAAAUACCUUCUGUUACUGCUUCUCACCGUACUUCGUUUUUUCAGUCCCAUUCGCCCACACCUGGUCCAGCUGUCAACGGUGCUGCUGUUACUCAUGUUGGCAACGAUGGCGAUUAUCCAGUACCUAUGGAGAUUUCCCCUCGAACCGAAUCUCCCGAAUACGCUCUACUAAAUGGCCAUUCUCAUGCCAAUGGUAUGUCAACUCACGCCACGGACCCUUCCCUCUCGGCAUCUCAAUCUCAAUCUACCAAACUUGGCAAAUUCUCAGGCUUUGGCAAAAAGUUUGGUUUAGGCAGAUUCGGGUCCGAUAAACACGCCACAAAUUCGCAGAACCAUGAAUUGCCUCCCGUGCACGAUAUUGGGUCGAGCUCUACAGGGUCCUUGAAGCGUACACAGUCUGACGGGUCAGAUACACGGUCUAUGCGCGGGGAACCUUCCUCUCCACGAGACCCUCAACCUCCUGUCCGUCAUGAAGAUGGUAGACGGUUCACGAAAAAGGAAGCCGAGCAUAAUAAGAAAGAAGCCGAACGUCUCCAUCGUGAAGCCGAGAUCCAGCGUCGGGCUUUGGCUGAGAAGAUGCAGAGAGAGCAAGCGAGAGCUGUGAUGCAAAAACGUAAUUUCCUCAUCCAGCAGAACUCUAUGAAGGGCGCGAAAGGCGCGACUGGGAUGGGCAAGGAAAUUGAGUGGAGGAGCGGAGGGAGUGAACACCCAAGUAUUCCGGUAUCGUAUACGCAGCAAAUGCAGCAUCAUCAACAUCAGCAGCAGCAGCAACCGACUGCCGGACCAGCGGCAGUUCAACCAGGUCUAUCUGCAGUGGCGAAAGGGAAACAGCCAGUGGGACCUGGUCCGAUUCGCACAAGGACGAGGGAUAGAGAGCAUCAUGCGAACGGCGUUACAGUCUCCCCUAGAUUGCACCAUCCACAUCCUUCACAUCUCCCAGUGGUUGGAGUCGGAAUUGGAGUCGCAGGGCCUAGCAGUACCCAUUCACACGAUACUAUGGAUUGGCGAGAUAGCAAUCCACCAGGCGAACGAUCGACGAAACUUCGUCGAAUGGACCUUGACGAUGAUGUUUCUUCCGUAGUGUCCUCUUCGACUGACGUCCAUAGCACCGGUCGAUCUUCUAUUUCGCGUAUGUCUCAGCUCUCACAGAUGUCAGCGAUAUCGUUCGCUUCGGUGGGUACCGUGGAUACUUUCAACACGUUCAAUACGAUUGGUUCAUCAAAUACUGUGGAUUCUGUGGGGAGUGAUCCUGGUCCAUCCAGGCCAUCAAGGUCAAGGCCGGGGAUUCGAAAUAGACCGAGUUUGCUGGGCUUGAAUAGGGUUACUUCGGCGGGGGCCUCUUUGAGACCGUCCUUUGAUAAUUUCACCACUACAGCUCCUGCUCCACCUGUUCCACCACUUCCCACCAAUUUUCCGCCGAAUUUCCCAUUUUCGCAUUCUUAUUCACCCCAUUUGCAUACGCAUACUCCAUCUCAGCACUCACACAACUCGUACCACUCAUACCGCUCCACGCAUACACACUCGCCCUCCACGCCCUCCGCCCGGUCCUCGAACUCCUUCAAUAACGCGCCUUCUUCCAUUGACGGUCAGCUCGUGCAUGAUUUUCGGAAUUUGGCGUCGAUGGAUCAAGAGCACCUCACAGUGGCGGAGUCUCCUCCUCAGAGUAUCUCUCCACCUCCAAUGCAGCUGUUAUCCUUGUCAUCGCCUUCACGUUCACAGACACGGUCCCACUCCCACUCUCAUUCCCAAUCACAGUCCCGUCCUUCUUUGUCUCCUCUAAGACCGCCAUCGCCCUCCCUGUCGCCUUCUCCGAUGCCCAUCUCACCACAGUCCCAAUAUAAUGGUAGUUUGCAAGUCCCCCAAAUAUCAAAUCAAAGAACUGAAUCGCUCUCAUCUCGUCGUGGGCAGGCUCCUCCGCCAUAUUUGAACGUAUCUCUUCAGCAGAGGAGUACAUCGUAUAGCCCGAGGAGCGUCAGUGGUAGUGAUACUACUCCGAAUACGUAUGAGCCUGAGAGAGAGUAUGGGAUCCACGGAGUUCAGUAUGGAGGUCAGAGAGAAUUUAGUCGAAAUACUGCAUUAGAUGAAGAGGCAUACGAGCGAGGGAGGGAAAGGUCAGAAGAAUAUUAUGGUAGGAGUGGACCUGAUCCAGGAGGAGGGGCUACAGGACCAGGAUACACUGACUACCACCAUACAUACACCAACCACUCACCAAAUCCCAAGCCUAAUGAUCCUCAUCUGAACCUCAAUCCGCCCACUCAACCGAUGCGAAAUAAACGAUCCGCAGAUGAAAUCUAUAGUAAUAGCUAUGUCACUACUAUCAACCCCAACACUAACGACGAGAUGAUCAAUCCCAUAUUCAAAGUGGUGAGUUAUAGUUACACCUCAUGGGAUGUUGAUAUGGGGGGAUUGACUGUUAAACCUGAAUCGCCCACCUCGUCUUCGACCACAACCACGACCACUACCUCGCCCACUACGACCUCGCCGUCCUCUGCCACCUCGUCCUCAAUGAAAUUCGUUGCAUAUUAUGAUGAUGAUAACGGUGUUUAUGGUGAUGAUGAGAAGCCACCAUUAUCUACGCCACCAUUGCCUACGCCCACGUCGGCUAACCCCACAGAAGAUUCGUUUGAUUCGGUAGAUACGAUGGAUACUAGGGAGACAAGACAUUCUAUCGACUCGAUGGACACUUUUGACAGUGGUGCAUCAUACGACAGCACGAUGGAGUACACCUUCCACAUUAAUCCGACAUAUUUUGGCAACGGAGCUUCGAAUGGCACCCUGCACAAUAAUGCCUACUCCGGCAAUGGUAAUGGUGUCGCUUACAAUAAUACUUAUGAACGGUCGCCAUCGGCAUCGUUAGCACCAUCAUUAGCACCGUCCUUACCUCCAUUCGCGGAACUCGACGCUGUCGCAGGAGGAGGUGGAUAUGAGUAUCCCCCGUUGUCGCCCAUGUCGUUCACCUCGCCUUCAGAGGUGGUGGAGGAGGCUAGAGCAGUGGAGAAUUAGAUUCUGGCUCAUUUCGUUGUGGUGACUGUUUGGGUCGUCUUCGGGGAGGCUAAUCGGUGGUACAUGAGCUUGUGGGACUCUCUUGUGGGAUUUGUGGGAUAAAUGAGAUAUUGUUGAAAACUUCGUGCGUAGACUCAGGUCAGAUCUCCUUUUGCUAUUGGCUAGUGUGUACUAGGCCUUCACCCUUACUUCAUUUGCUCCUUCAUUGCUUCCACAUACAUAAAUACAUAAUGUGCUCUGUGUCUUCUACCUUCUACUUUUGCUCUUCUUUGCAACUCACCUUUCGCUGGUUCAUCCUUUCAUGUGAGUGCUAUUUUAAUUUUUCCUCUGCUAUUUCUUACC